AUGGAGGAAGAACAGCGUCGUUUCUCGCAACAGUUCGAGGUUGCGGGUACCGCGUUUCCACCGUCAGGGCAUGGUCAGCCCAUCCUGCCGAACGCAGCGCCGUUGGAUCACCAUCUAGGAGCAGCGCCAAUCCAGCAUCCGCCAUCGCUCUCAAUGCCGUCUACAAGCCAGUAUCCGCCGCCGCAGUGGAACGCGCCUUAUAACGGUGAGCCCUCUAUGUUACAAUUAAUCCAGCUUAUGCAGCAGUUUAUGGCCAAGUUGGAGCAGCAGCAGCCGGUAUCACAACCGCAGAUUGCAUCUCAGCAUCAUCCGGUAUCAGAACCACAGAUGGCAUCAGAGCCACAGCAGCAGCAACAAGGGGCCCCAUCCAAUCCGGAACAAAUCCUUGACUCGUUGGCGAGAAACAUCACCGAAUUCCACUUCGAAGCCGACGUCGGUAUAACGUUCGAGAAGUGGCACUCGCGCUACGAAGAUUUGUUCAGCAGGGACGCUGCAAGGAUUGACGAUGCAGCGAAGGUGAGAUUGCUCUUGCGGAAGCUGGGCCCAUUGGAGCACGAAAGGUAUGUGAAUUAUAUCCUACCCCGUAAUCCGCGUGAUUUUACACUCGAGGCAACUGUAGAGCGGCUGAAAUCUUUAUUCGGGAAGUCGGAAUCGCUUUUAAGUAAGCGCCACAAAUGUAUGCAGCUUGUGAAGACCAAAGCAGAAGAUUUCCUCGAAUACGCAUGUCGCGUGAAUCGGGCGUGCGAGGAUUUUAAACUAGCCCGCUUGACCGAGGAGCAAUUUAAGUGCUUAAUUUUUGUAUGCGGUUUGAAAGAGGAAUGCGAUAAAGACUUUCGAGUCAAAAUACUAGCUCGAAUUGAACGGCGGGCUGACAUAACAUUAGAGCAGAUAUCCGAAGAGUGUAACCGCAUUUCUAAUUUAAAGAAGGAAAAUGCGAUGAUCGGUGGGGGGACGGAAGAGCGUGUGCUGGUAGUAAAAAAUGGAGAGCGCAGCCAUGACAGUUUGAACGGAAAAGGAUCGCGCUCGCGUCGCGUGUAUCGCGAUGACCGGUCAAGGAGCGACAAGCCAAGUAACGCUUGUUGGCUAUGCGGUGGCAUGCAUUGGGUGAAGGAUUGUCCGAAAUCUAGUCAGAAAUGUCGUAAAUGCGGCGAAGCUGGUCAUGGAGAUGAUCGCUGCCGCAAGCAAAAGCCUCGUGCGGGUCGAAGAAGAUACCAACCAUCGCGUUUUACCAGAACCGUGCGAGUGUGCAGUGUACGAGCCAGUCGUAAAUUUGUACAAAUCUCCAUCAAUGGAGUGAGCAUCCGAUUGCAGUUAGACACUGGCUCAGAUAUUUCCAUCAUAGGGCAGACUGCAUGGGAAAAAUUAGGGAAGCCAUUAUUGGUGAAGCCAACUGUGAGUGCAAAAACCGCUUCUAACGAGAGGCUGAAGCUGCUGGGCGAGUUCGAAGCAGAUAUCACAAUAUGCGAUACUACCAAACCGGCGAUCAUCCGCGUGGCCCAGGUGGACUUGCUUUUACUGGGAGCAGACUUGGUAGAUCGUUUUGCUCUUGGUUCCGUUCCCAUGGACAAAUUUUGCGCCAAAAUUUCGACCAAUACGAAUAUUCCGAAAGCGUUGCAAGAUAGUUUUCCGGAAGUGUUUAGUGGAACAGGCCUUUGUAAGAAAGCGCGGAUCAAGCUGCAGCUUAAGGAAAAUUGCAGCCCAGUUUUCCGUCCAAGGCGACCGGUCUCUUACGCAAUGCAGCCUAUAGUCGAGCAAGAACUGGACCGGUUGGUAAAGAUGAAUGUCAUAACGCCUGUCGACUAUUCAGAUUGGGCGGCUCCGAUUGUAGUUGUACGCAAAAGUAGUGGCAAAAUUCGAAUAUGUGGAGACUAUUCGACCGGGUUAAACGAUGCGUUGCAACCCCAUGAAUACCCGCUGCCACUGCCAGAUGAUAUUUUUACGAAGCUAGCACAUUGCGUAGUGUUUAGUAAGAUUGAUUUAUCGGAUGCAUUCUUGCAGGUCGAAAUUGAGGAGCGUUACAGACCCUUUUUGACGAUAAACACGCAUCGAGGUCUUUACUUGUACAAUCGUUUACCUCCCGGAAUAAAAAUAGCACCAGCCGCAUUUCAGCAAAUCAUGGAUGCGAUGCUUGCCGGGUUGCGCGACACGUCUGGUUAUAUGGACGACGUUGUCAUCGGAGGCAAGACUGAAAAAGAUCACGAUGAUAACCUACGCAAGGUGCUUCAGCGUAUUAAAGAAUUUGGAUUUACCAUCAAGGCCGAAAAUGUGCAUUCAAGAUGCAUCAAAUCGAGUACCUCGGACACAUCAUUGACCGUGCAGGUCUCCGGCCAAAUCCAAAGAAGAUCGAAGCCAUUGUAAAGCUGCCUGCGCCGACUAAUGUGAAUGAAGUUCGCUCAUUUUUAGGCGCUAUCAACUACUACGGCAAAUUUGUUCCUAGGAUGCGGGAUUUGAGGUACCCC